GCUGCGGGUGGACGAUACCAAACGUAAGGAAAGGAGGGGGAUGCAUGCGCACGCCACGCCCACUGGGCUCUUGGCUGGGGCUCUCCGGGCAGUGGCCACCCCUACCGUUAUUCCGCUACAUGGUAGGACCCGCGGCGGUGGGGCGGUUCUCAGGCCUUAAAGCGCUGGCUUUUGAGUGGAAGGCGUGAAAAUGGCGGACUCCUCCGGACUGGGUGCUGGGAAGCCUUCUGGGGCGUCUGAUCCCUCUGUCAGGCCGAAGGGGAAAAGAACACAAGGAGGAAGAGUAGUCGAGUCUCGAUACUUGGAGUAUGAGAAGAAAGUCAGAAAGGACGCUGCAGCAGACCCAGCCAGGACCCGAGGGAAGGCGCCCGAGGGCGGGAGGAAGGCCGGCCCACUCCACAAGGGCAGAGCGGACAGCGGGAGCCGGCGGGAACUACAGUCCACCAUGCUGGAAGGACACAGCUUAGCCUUGCCUCACCAAGACUUCAACCUGGAUCUCUCUGCCAUUCAUGAUACAAGCAGGCCAAGAAAGACUCUACCACUGGAUAAGACGACAUCCAAGAAAGCCAGGUCAGCUGCCCCUGGUGCCCCGCAGAAAAAGAACUCCGAUCUUCAGGAGGCGAUGGACAUGAUCGAGUCACAGACACUGCUGUUGACCCUGCUGACUGUGAAGAUGGAGAACAACGUGGCACGCUUGGAGGUGGAGGGCGGCCGGCGGCUGUUGGCGCUGGCCCGGGAACGGGCGCGGCUGCAGCGCCAAGCACAUGAGUUGCAGCGGGCGUGUGCUCUCCGCGACCAGAAGCAGGCGCUGGCCACGCAGCUGGAUGCCCAGGAGGAGAUGCUCCGCCCCCUCCUGGCAGUGGCAGACCGCUUUGGAGAGCAGUACCAGCACGUGGCCUCCGCGCUGGACAGCACCAGGCAUGAGCUGCCCGUGCACUCAGUCCACCUGCCGGGGGACGGAUUGCAGCUCCUAGAUGCGCUGCAGCCCGAGCUGCUGGAGACGCGGCGGCUGCUGGGUGAGCUCGGCCUGGACCCAGCGGAGGGAGAGGCACCGCUGCUGGGACUGCUGAGUGAGCUGCGCACUGCCUCCCAAGAGAAGGACGCCCAGCUCUGCAGGUACUUCUCCCAGGUGCUGGAGCUGGACGCUGAGGCCAGCAAGGAGGCCGCUCUGGGGAACCAACAGGCAUGGGAAGAGGCUGUGGGCCCAGCCUCCAGCCGGUGGUACUUCAGUCCCGAUGGCCUCCCUGCGGAGCCUGUGGGCAUAGCACUGCCCAGCGAUGGGGGGUGUGAGCCGUGCAGCCCGUGAUGCCCACAGACCUGGCCCCCCUCACUAGCCAUGACACCCUCUUGCAGUUGGGAAGAAAACCAGUUUCGUGCCUUUUAUUGAGACAAUUUGGCGCCCACCAUUUGGGACCUUUGAGCACUUUAUGGUUUGUGGUCUGUAGUGUAGUUAUGUUCUCUUUGGAUAUUAUGUAUUGAUGUUCUCCUUUGAAUUAAACUGGUGUGCAUAGCAGCCUUGCUGCUC